AAGGGAGAAGUCUCCUUUGCUCACUCCUUUCUGGACGGUCAUUCUCGUACCACAGGAUGUGUGGAACAUUCGUCACUCUUAUUUUCCCACUUAUAGUUCUGGCUAUAAUGCAAUAGAAAAUCUCACUAAUCCAGGAACCUGUAAUGAAAGUACAAGAGUUGAAGCCCCACAAUCCGGAAAUAACCAGUGCUAUUAUCGUGAUGACAUAUUUUCCUUCUUCCAUGAGCACACAGUUUCCCCUCACAAGGCUGACAUCAUACACCAUGUGCAUUUAAACCUUUGUACUUUGUCUAUUUUCCACCCAAAUUAUAUAGCAAAUAUUUCUCACGUACUACUUUAUUAGACUUCAAAAUUUUGACUUAAAAAAUGAGUUUAGAAUAAGUGGCCAGCAGGGGUUUACAGUUUUCUUUUUAGUUCUCAUCACGACCCCUGGAAAGACUUUAAAGCUAACAACUACGGCUGUAGAAAUACUGUCUUCUCACAGUUCCUUACUGAACAUCUGUGGCAACAGGUUGAUAAUAGCCGUGCCUCCCAGCCCUCUCCCUGAGGACUGCAACACAACUAUCCCUUUGAAGACCUGCUGGUCCCGCCUCACUUGCUUCUUACCUGGCUGAUCAGAGAAACCAGCUGGCAUACAGAAUGGCUUUCUUUUUGGUGUGGGUUAGCCUACUUCUACUUCUUCAUGGUGCAGUGUCAACAGAAGAGGUGCGGGUCCACCCGUUCACUGACGUGAUUCUUGACUGCGAGUUCUCCUUCAUAGACGGCACCGAGAACCUUGAGUUUUACUGGGAAAGAGAAGAUAUCAUAGAAGAGUAUGACGUGGAAGACCGGGAAUUCUACCGAUUUUUCAGGUACUACGACUUCUUUCAAGUUUUCACCAAGGUGGUCUACCAGUUUUACGACAAUGAAGAGCAACUGGAAGACCAAAACGCCUUAUAUGAAGGAAGAGUCUCUGUGGACCACAGUGAAAUCUCGGAGGGCGUCCUGUCCCUUCUACUGCAAAAUGUGGAUUUCUUGGACGAAGCCUUGUACAAGUGCAGCGCUGUCACCCCCAAUGGGAGAGGAGAGAGUACCGUCAAGCUGAUAGUGGAAGAUUCUGAAAUGCCCCAGGUGAAGUUUGACAAGAUGGAUGAUGAAGACGUGGUUACAUGCACAUCCAAAGGCUGGUAUCUCACACCCAAUGUGACCUGGUUGGACCGGGGAGAGAGGGACCUGAGUAACCACAGUACGGUAGAGAUCCUGGAGGAGCAGAUGAACGGCUUGUACAGAGUAUACUCUGUCCUCAGAUAUCCAGUCAAGUUAAAUGAAAAAUACGUCUGCCAUAUCACAGAGACGAACGAAAACAACCGGCCAAUCAGAUCCAUCCGGCGGUACCCGAGCAGAAGGAAGGAGAAUGAGCUGAAGGCCCUGGAGCUUCCAGGGGACUGUCAGGAGUAUGUCAGAAUUGGUGUGCCAGAGUUUAGCCUUGGCAGAUCACAUUCUUAG